ACAGCAAAGGUUCCAUUAACAGUCGCACGAAUUAUAUGCGAAACAACAACUUUUGAAACCACCAAAAUUACUGGUAUGAAUGAAUCAAAAAUGACUACAAACACAAAAGAAACUGCCAGUGAUCAAAAAUGUAUAGAAAACUCAGAUUCUGCAUCCCUAACAAUGAUUGCAGUAGGUACAUCAUCAGGAUUUAUUGUAGGAAUCAUCAUCGGAGUUUUGACAACUUGCUUGAUGCAGAGAUUAUUGAGAAAAAAGAAGCAGAAAAACCAAAUGGAAAUGCAGAGCAGUCAACAUCAUCAACAUACCACCAUGAAAAAUGCAGAAUAUGAAAAUCAUGUACCAACUUCAAACGGAAACGGAUACGAAGUUAUAAUUCCAGUUGAUAAUAAGAAUGAAAGACCAUAUGAAGAGAUAAUAUGUGGGAUGGAAUCUGCAUAUGAAAAAUAAGAGAAGAAAUAACCUCUAUCAAAGCAUUCUUUAGCUAAUCACAUAAAGACAAUAAAAAUGAUGUGACUUCAUCAAUUAGUCACUGAAAACUAUAUAAACAAACAUGAACAAACAAGUAUAGUUCUCUUUCUCAAAAUGAGCUAUAUUUGUUUACCUAGUUUGAGUUAUACUGUUAUUUUAUCAUUUAUUUUUGUCAAUCCAUCAUUUUCAUAAUGCAAUAUUGCAUGUCAGUUACAUCAUCAUUCACCACAAUAUUCUUUCAUAAUGCUUGCGUGGGCGAUAUGGCUCAGCCAGUAAAACCCUUUUCCAGCCAUUAUGCUCUAAUGGGCUUCAGUACUCUUUGGUGUUGAAUCCCGGGACUGGAAGUGUUUUAAAGCGCUCUUUAACUUUUUAUUGCUUUAUUAUGUUGUCAUGUAACAUGAGAAAUAAGU